AUGUGUGACUGGGCGAACCGAAUUGAGUAUUUGUUGUGGACACAUCAAUACCUAGUAAAGUGUAUCGAGGCGAACCUGAAGACAGCCAGGUGCUACCCGGUGACUGUUUAUGACAGGGAUAACUUGGAGUACACGGUGGCAGAGACGACUCCGACAGGUUCAUUCUCACUUGGUACGUACAGGGUCUCAUUAGGGUCCAAGACUUGUGAUUGUGGAUACUUCCAAGCACUUCAUUUUCCGUGUCCUCACGCACUGGCCUGCUGUGCUUAUUCACAUCUUACAUGGCAGCCUUACGUCCAUCAGGUCUAUCGCCUUAGUUUCGUUUUCGGUGUCUAUCAGAUGGGAUUUACACCUCCCAUUCCGGAGGGUUUCUGGCCACCAUAUGCCGGCCCUACCGUUAUACCGGAUCCGAACAUGAGGCGUGCGAGGGAAGGUCGUCCAAGGUCCACACGCAUUCGCACCAACAUGGAUAAUGCAGAUCCGAACCGGCCAAAGAGAUGUGGCCUCUGCAGGCAGCCAGGACACACCCAUCGUAGUUGUCCACAAGCUGCAGGACCCAGCGGGAAUGCUGGGAAUUAA